UUGACAUAACAUGCGGCUUAUUCCCAUGUGAGUUUCGUUUACAAACAAGUAAAUUUUUGAAAGAGAAAUUAUUUACGAAAACAUUGCGAUGGAUUUACAAGAGAAAAUGGAAACUUUGGAGGAUAAUAGUGUUGCUGAUCAAACGGCCCCAAUUCCCCCAAUAUCAUCACAAUCUGAACAAACAGAUUCCCAGGAAAGGAAGGAUUUUACUUCGGAAAUUUAUAAAAUCGAAAUCAAGAACUUGGCUAAGUUUGGUUUUGGGGAAAUAAAAAAAUUUCUCAAAAAGAAAAUGCAACUCGAUCCAGUCAAAAUUAAGGCAAUGCCACGCAGUAAAGACAGUGGAAACCACGCAUUCGUUUGCUUUCGAAGUGAAAAGGAAAAAUUUAAAGCACUAGAAAAACUGGAUGGUUACGUAUGGAAAGGGACGGCAAUCAAAGCUGUUCCUGCGAAAGCGAUGAUGGACCCAAUGCAAAGGAAACGAUUAGAAAACUCCAAUAAUGGAGCAGUGCCAACCGUCCGUAAAACCUGUUUAGAAGCGACAGCUCCACUGGCCAGUUUACCUUACGAAGAUCAAUUGGUUAAGAAGGAAAACGAGCUGAAAGACAUUCUGAAUGAUUAUCGAAGGCAAAUUGUGAAAGUCAAUCCGAAACUGGGAUCCAUACCCGACGUUGGAAUUUGGCAUGGAUUCGAAAGAGCGCCACUCAUCAAUGGCUACCGAAAUAAAUCUGAAUUCUCAGUCGGUAAAAAUGCGAAUGGGGAAAAAGUGGUCGGAUUUCGUUUGGGAAGCUAUGCCGAUGGAUCUGUGGAAGUGGGAGACAUCAGCGACUUACCUCAUAUACCAGAUCGAAUGAAGCUGGCAGCUAAAUUGUGUCAAGAUUUUAUUCGAGCCAGCUCGUACGAUGUUUUCAGUCCCGAGUUCUAUACGGGUUUGUUUCGUCAGGUGUCCGUACGCUUUUCUACGGUCACCGAUGAGUUGAUGUUAGUACUUGGAUUACACAUUCAGGACAUCAAGGACGAAUUGAUCACGGAAAUUGUUUCAUUUUUCACUGAAACUGGUGGAAAGGAACUGAAUGCCAAGUCAAUAUACAUUGAAAAAAUGAAUAAAAGAUCGGCAGGACAAACAUCGAAUGAGUAUAUUCACGUACAUGGUGAGAAGUACAUUACGGAGAUUGUUCACGGUUUAAAGUUUCGAAUUAGUCCGGCGUCAUUUUUUCAGGUAAAUACGCAAUCAGCAGAAGUACUUUAUCAAUGUGCGAUAGACCUUGCAGCGACGACACCCGAAACAUCUGUGCUAGACAUAUGCUGCGGCACUGGGACGAUCGGUUUAUGCUUUUCGAAGUACUGCAAAGAGGUUUUUGGCGUAGAAUUGAUAGCCGAUGCUAUAAAUGAUGCUCGAUACAAUGCCUCAACCAAUGACAUCACCAACUGUGAAUUUUUCGCUGGAAAUUGUGACGAUUACAUCCAGUCGUUGGUGCAUAAAGCGACAGGAGCAAAUGUCGUGGCGAUUGUUGAUCCACCGCGUGCAGGAUUACAUAAUCGAUCCGUGGCUGCUCUUCGAAAUGCUAAGGGUUUGGAUCGUUUCGUUUACAUUUCGUGCUCACCGGCGUCUGCUCUUAGGAAUUGGGUGGAUUUGGCUAGACCAUAUUCAAAGCAGUACAAAGGAAAUCCAUUCGUUGCCAAACUUGUUAAGGGUGUCGACAUGUUCCCCCACACCCAACACAAAGAAAUGAUUUUGUUGUUUGAACGGAUAAAGGACGAGGCAACAGUUUGAUUAAAUACGUUGGUUGAUCGAAUGAAUUAUAAAACUUUUGAUGUGUUUACAUUGUUGACAUGAUUAAUUUUAACCGAUGGUAUCGGAAUAAAAAUCCUACUUUUUAGCCCCGUA